UCGUAUCAGCGCUUCUUUCAGGAUAUUCUCUUCAGUUCGUCUUUUGAGCUCUUGUUCUGACCCCACCCCCGUCUUCCCCCGCUCCUUUAAUCUGUGUCGCAGUGAAAGAAAGGGGAAAAGGGGAAGAGGGCGCGGAGAGAAUAGUGCACCGGUCCCCGAAUCAUUCCAGAUGGCUGCCUCUGAAUCACUCGAUGAGAUUGGGUUCUCGGGUUCAGAGCUGGAAGGAGCUGGUGUUCCGGAGAGAGGAGGCUCUGGUUUUACAGUUCCCCGCUCAGCAGUGGCUCAGAACCGGCUUUAGAUUGAUGAUGGCUUUGUCCGUUUGAGCCACCUAUGGGCGCCUAUUGGCUUCCUAUUUUUAUACGGCCAAUCACACACUCCUUCCAUGAAGUGUUGGCCACAUCUGGUGAAGUGUUGAUUGAAAACAACCUGAAGGCUGAUGGCUGAAUUGCCCCUCAAGAGCAUCCAUACACACCCCUGAUGAGUACUUCUGUUUGUUGGAGGUCAGGCAGAAACUCAAGACCUGGAGGGUUGUUAGCAGCCGCUAACUUGUCAAAUUUGCAACUGCUAACUUGUCAAAUCUGGUGAAUGUUUGGUAAAAUUUGCAAUCAAAAACUCCUUAAGUGGCUUGUCUUGGAAGCAAAAUUGCCAGUUUUGUGAGAUGGUCACAUGAAUGCAGCAUGAUUAACAAAAAAGCCAAUUUGCGGCUUUAGCCUGGCUCAGUAAACAAUCAGAGACUCCCACCCACACGCACUCCCACACAUGUGCGCCGUUUGCCAUGAAUCUGGCCACCAAGCUGCGGAGGAAUCUGAGGAGGCUGGUCAUCCUCCUCGCCACCUUCUGUAUGGUCAGUGUUUUAGUCUCCGUCUACUAUCUUUACACAGGUUCCACCCAAGAACUGGACCUCGCAAACCGCGCCAUAGUCCCAGAUUGUGCCGACCUCCGGGUGCUCCCUUUCCGACAGUCAGAGCCUCAGACGGCUAAACCAAUUAAUCCAUCCCGUAAGGACCCAAUGGUGCUGGUGUUUGUGGAGAGUCAGUAUUCUCAACUUGGACAGGACAUCAUAGCCAUUCUUGAAUCUAACCAAUUCGAUUACCAUGCCGAAAUUGCCCCUGGAAAGGGUGACAUCCCACCACUAACUCACAAAGGACGUGGACGCUAUGCAUUGGUCAUCUAUGAGAACCUUCUGAAGUAUGUCGGUAUGGACGUGUGGAACCGUGACCUGCUGGAUAAAUACUGUGCAGAAUUCAGUGUUGGGGUCAUCGCAUUUCACCACGCAAGUGAAAACUCUCAGCCUUCGGUGCAACUCAAAGGUUUCCCUCUGACAUUGCGAACAAAUGUUGCACUACGAGACUGCUGCGUAAACCUGCGCUCACCUCUGCUCUACAUUACGCGGGCAGAAGUUGACCGAGGGCCCUUACCAGGAGAGGAUUGGACUGUGUUUCAGUUCAACCACUCCACCUAUGAACCAGUGCUCUUGGCCAAAACUCGGCCCAGUGAGAGUGGGGCAGCUCAGAUGAUACCAGGUCCACAUGGUCUUCAUGCUACAGUUGUGCAGGACCUGGGUGUAUAUGAUGGGGUGCAGCGUGUGUUGUUUGGUCAUGGGCUGAGCUACUGGUUACACAGACUCAUACUGGUGGAUGCCAUCGCCUAUCUCACAGGCAAGAAGCUGUCACGAUCUCUGGAACGGUACAUUCUCGUUGACAUAGAUGAUAUUUUCGUGGGGAAGAAAGGGACAAGAAUGAAUGUCAAUGAUGUGAAGGCUCUUCUGGAAACACAGAACAUGUUGAGGUCAUACAUCUCAAACUUUACCUUUAACCUGGGCUUUUCUGGGAAAUUCUUCCACACAGGUACGCAGGAGGAAGAUGAUGGAGAUGAUCUGUUGUUGAAAUAUGUCGAUGAGUUCUGGUGGUUUCCUCAUAUGUGGAGUCACAUGCAGCCUCAUCUCUUCCACAAUGAGUCCUCACUCAUGGAACAAAUGAUCCUAAACAAAGACUUUGCUUUGGACCAGAGUAUUCCAGUAGAUCUGGGAUAUGCGGUGGCUCCUCAUCACUCUGGUGUGUAUCCAGUCCAUAUUCAGCUUUAUGAGGCUUGGAAGAAAGCGUGGGGAAUACAAGUGACCAGUACUGAGGAAUACCCACAUCUCAAACCCGCACGCCACCGCAAGGGAUUCAUCCAUAACAACAUCAUGGUGCUUCCCCGUCAGACAUGUGGCUUAUUCACACACACCAUCUUCUAUAAAGAAUAUCCGGGAAGCCCUAAAGAACUGGACAAAAGCAUACGAGGUGGAGAGCUGUUUCUGACCAUCCUACUCAACCCUAUCAGUAUAUUUAUGACUCAUCUCUCCAAUUAUGGGAAUGACCGCUUGGGAUUAUAUACAUUCACUAACCUGGCUAACUUUCUGAAAUGCUGGACCAACCUGAGACUAUACACACUUCCUCCCCUGCAGAUCGCACACAAGUAUUUCACACUAUUUCCAGAGCAGAGACACCCACUCUGGCAGAACCCAUGUGAUGAUAAACGGCAUAAGGACAUCUGGUCCAAAGAGAAGACUUGUGACAGGCUGCCUAAGUUCAUGGUGGUCGGGCCUCAGAAAACAGGCACAACGGCACUCUACCUCUUUCUUAUCAUGCACCCCUUCAUUUCCAGCAACUUUCCUAGUGUGAAAACUUUCGAAGAAGUUCAAUUUUUCAACACCAACAAUUACCAGAAAGGGAUUGACUGGUAUAUGGAUUUCUUUCCUGUACCUUCUAAUGUCAGCACAGACUUCCUGUUUGAGAAGAGCUCAAACUACUUCCCCUCAGAGGAGACGCCCAAACGAGCUGCUGCCCUCCUGCCCAAAGCCAAGAUCCUCACUCUGCUCAUUAACCCUUCAGACAGGGCCUACAGCUGGUACCAGCAUCAGUGGGCUCAUGAAGACCCAGCAGCAUUGCAGUUCAGUUUCUAUGAGGUCAUUUCAGCUGACCAGCUUGCUGCACCUGAACUGCGCUCUCUUCAGAACCACUGUCUAGUACCUGGACUCUACGCCACACACCUGGAGAGAUGGCUGACAUACUACCCUCCAAAUCAGCUGAUGAUUAUAGACGGACAGCAGUUGAGGAAUGACCCAGCUAAAGUGAUGGAUGAGCUUCAGAAAUUUCUGGGUGUCACUCCUUAUUACAACUACUCCCAGGCACUCACGUUUGAUCCUCAGAAGGGCUUCUGGUGCCAGCUGCUGGAGGGGGGCAGGACUAAGUGCUUGGGGAAGAGCAAGGGCCGCAAAUACCCAGCCAUGGACUCUGAGUCACGAGCCUUUCUCUCCAGGUUCUACAGGGAUCAGAACAUUGAAUUAUCUAAGCUGCUACACAGAUUGGGUCAGCCUCUUCCAGCCUGGCUCAGAGAAGAGCUGCAGAAGGUCAGGUAGCCCUAACCAAACCACUGCUCCUCUGGGUCAAAGCUCCAGGUUCACACCUCCAAGCAAACUAGACACUUGAACAGUACUCAAUGCCUCCCACCUACAAGCUUGUGGAGCAAAGGUCAAAAAAUGCAACUCACCAAACACUGGUGCUUCUGGAAAUGUAAUGUGUCCAUGGCAACAAGAAUAUUUGCUGCAAAAGGUAAAAAUUUGAAAAUACACAAUAGGCAGUGAAAUACAAAGAUCUAACUGUGACCCUUGAACUUCACAUGCAGCUGAAUAUUGACUGCAUAAAAACAGCAUAUCUGGAAAAAAUUUAUUUAAACCCUAACAGACUUCAUACUAUAUUUAAUGUUGCUUCUCCAUCAGACAGUGGGCAUAGAUUUUAUACUUGAUAAAGAGAUUUAGAACUGAACAAUGUAUGGCACAACUACUGUUCAUAACCUCACUUUUGAAAAUAUAUCAGUCAAUCAAUGAGCCAAGCAAAGUGAGGAUGCUAAAUUGUAAGAAUCACUUACAGAGAAAUAAAGAGCACAGUCAUGUUGGAGUCUUUCAUUUUGCUGCAUCAGCUUUAAACUGGUCAAUGGAGUGAUGUCAUUGUGAUGUCAGUAUCUCAGUCCAUGUCUCAGUUUCUGUUUCAUUAGACACAAUGACCUGAGGAGUGAGAAGCAUUUAGGUAUCAGUUUGUGUGUGCAUCUGUGCAAGGGCAAAUACAUUUGCACGUAUGUGCGUCUAGACGUAUGUCUGUAGCCGGGUAGCCUUAGCUCCGCCCACUGGACUGCAACUGGUUGGCUGAUGAAUUUGAAAUGUG